UACUAUCUUAAUUAUCUUCAUAAUUUUUAAUCUACCAUAGCCAAAAAGAAAGAGCUUGCACAUAUGGAGAGAUCAAACAACAUAGAGUUGAGGAACAGCUUCUAUGGCCGUGCAAGAACUUCACCAUGGAGCUAUGGAGAUUAUGAUAAUUACCAACAAGAUCAUGAGUAUCUUCUAGGGUUUUCAUGGCCACCAAGAUCCUACACUUGUAGCUUCUGCAAAAGGGAAUUCAGAUCGGCUCAAGCACUUGGUGGCCACAUGAAUGUUCACAGAAGAGACAGGGCAAGACUCAGAUUACAACAGUCUUCAUCAUCAUCUUCAACACCUUCUCCUCCUUACCCUAACCCUAAUUACUCUUACUCUUCCAUGGCAACCUCUCCUCCUCCUCAUCAUUCUCCUCUAACCCUAUUUCCAACCCUUUCUCCUCCGUCCUCACCAAGAUAUAGGCCAGGUUUGGUCCGUUCCUUGAGCCCCAAGUCUAAACAUACACCAGAAAACGCUUGUGAGACUGAGAAAUCUUCUCUUUUAGUGGAGGCUGGAGAGGCUAAAAGGUUGACCAGUAAAGAUGCUUGCAAGGUCUUGAGGAAUGAUGAUAUCAUUAGCUUGGAGCUUGAGAUUGGUUUGAUCAACGAAUCAGAGCAAGAUCUGGAUCUAGAACUCCGUUUGGGUUUCGCUUAGAUGGUAAAGCUGUAGAACUUUAUCCAUAAAGGAUUCGAAGUUCACAAUUCUAGAAGAUAUGCCGCUUCUGUAACGUUAAUUAGUUUCAUCCAUAUGAAAUUCUCUAAGCUUGCUAAUCAGUAGAACUUAUAGUUAAUUAUAUGAUUAUAGUACAAGCUAUAAUAAGCUUGCGUUAGAUGU